AUGCCCUCCCACCAGCCUACGAGCGGCAUGCCGGCCGUCGACCCUGAAUAUCUCUCUUCACAGCCAUCGGCAGAAUCCAAGCCAGCACCUCAAGAGCCUGUGAGGAACACAAAAUACGACCCCAAGAAGCCCCACAUCACCGAGACCCCCAUGACUCGCAAGAACUGGUACAAGCACGUCAACUGGCUCAAUGUCGUCCUCAUCGUCGGUAUUCCAAUUGCUGGUCUUAUCACCGCGAUCUGGACACCAUUGAGACUGUCAACCGCCACUUUCGCCGUUCUCUACUACUUCGCAACGGGCCUCGGCAUUACCGCUGGAUACCACCGACUGUGGGCACACACUUCUUACUCCGCAAGCACACCGCUCAAGAUCUUCCUCGCAGCCGUUGGCGGUGGUGCCGUUGAAGGCUCCAUCAGAUGGUGGGCUCGCGACCACCGUGCUCACCACCGUUACACCGACACCGACAAGGACCCAUACAGCGUCCGCAAGGGCCUGCUCUACUCGCACUUCGGCUGGAUGCUCAUGAAGCAGAACCCAAAGCGAAUUGGUCGUACCGAUAUCUCUGACCUCAAUGAUGACUUCGUCGUCGUCUGGCAGCACAAGAACUACCUCAAGGUCGUCCUCUUCAUGGGCUUGAUCUUCCCAUCCAUUGUCGCUGGUUUCGGCUGGGGCGAUUGGCUCGGUGGCUUCAUCUACGCCGGUAUCCUCCGCAUCUUCUUUGUUCAGCAGGCUACCUUCUGCGUCAACUCCCUCGCCCACUGGCUCGGCGACCAGCCAUUCGACGAUCGCAACUCUCCCCGUGACCACGUUAUCACCGCGCUCGUCACCCUCGGCGAAGGCUACCACAACUUCCACCACGAGUUCCCAUCCGACUACCGCAAUGCCAUCGAGUGGCACCAGUACGACCCAACCAAGUGGUUCAUCUGGACGAUGAAGCAGCUCGGCCUCGCAUUCGACCUGAAGCAGUUCCGUGCCAACGAGAUCGAGAAGGGUCGUCUCCAGCAGCAGCAGAAGAAGCUGGACCAGAAGCGUGCCAAGCUCGAUUGGGGUGUCCCACUUGAGCAGCUUCCAGUCAUGGAGUGGGAUGAUUACGUCGACCAGACCAAGAACGGCCGCUCACUCGUUGCCGUCGCUGGUGUCGUCCACGAUGUGUCCGACUUCGUCAACGACCACCCAGGUGGCAAGGCCAUGAUCCGCAGCGGAAUCGGCAAGGACGCCACCGCCAUGUUCAACGGCGGUGUCUACCUGCACAGCAACGCCGCCCACAACCUGCUCUCAACCAUGAGAAUCGGUGUCAUCCGCGGCGGUAUGGAGGUAGAGAUCUGGAAGCGCGCACAGAAGGAGAGCCAGGGCUCGCAGAUCUACAAGGACGAGAACGGCAACCGCAUUGUGCGUGCCGGCGCUCAAGUGACCAAGGUCAUUCAGCCUCCGGCCAGCGCUGGCGCGGCAUGA